AUGCACAGGCUGAGCCUGACAGACACCCCUCACUGUCCCUGGUGCCCCACACAGCCAGACACUCCAGAACACCUGCUGCUUCACUGCCCUUGCCACCACUCCCACUGCACUGCUCUCCUCCACUUACUGGCAUCACUCUAUAUCUACAGGCCAUCACUAGCAGACCUACUGGAUGAUUCCCAAGACUCCAGCCUAGCCUUCAAGAUGCUCAAGCACACCAGGCUUGUAAGGGCUCCAAACCCCAACAAGAACAAGACCAAGAGCACAUCUUGUCUCAUUUUCAUCUCCAUUUUAGAUCAAGGACAUGCUGUAAGGCUGGGCAGCAGCAUGAGUGGCCAGCAGCAGCAGCAGUCUGCCUCAGGUGUGGGGAGGUGCAGACAUGAUGGCAAGAAUUACCUGGAAACAGGCAGCUCUGUCCACAGAGGAGAGAGCAAGUUUGAGUGCCAGCAGUGUGACAAAACUUUUGUAUCCAGAAAUGGCCUUAAGUACCACACCCUGACACACAGUGGUGUUAGAAAUUAUGAAUGUGAUGAGUGUGGAAAGAAAUUUAUCAUGGUGUUAGAAAUUAUGAGUGUGAAGAGUGUGGCAAAAGGUUUUCUACCAUUACUCAUCUCACUAGACAUGCCUUCAGACACACUGGCUUGA